AUGAUGCCCCAGGGCCACGUCUUCUCCCACCAGCACCAGUACCCUCCCGCUGACUGGCCGAACCACCAUCAACAACACAACCACCACGCCGCACAGCAGCACGCCCAAGCCCAAGCAGCCGCCGCCGCCGCGGCAGCAGCCCAGCAGCAGCACUACAAUCGCAUAGCAGCGAACAACAACAGCUCCAUACCCGGCGCCAACGCUGGCAUGAGCAUUGGAGAUCACGCUCCAACCAUGGCCCCCGCAGAUCAAGGAGUCAGUGAAGACAAUCGGAGAGUCCUGGAAUGGAUCGCGCAGCUCCUGAGGCCCGAAACACGCGAGACGGCGCUCCUGGAACUGAGCAAGAAGAGGGAGCAAGUGCCAGAGCUGGCGCUGAUACUGUGGCAUUCGUUUGGCGUCAUGACAUCGCUCCUCCAAGAGAUCAUCUCCGUCUAUCCCCUCCUCGCGCCCGCGCAGCUGACUGCAGCGGCGUCGAACCGGGUCUGCAACGCGCUCGCCCUGCUGCAGUGCGUGGCCUCGCACACCGAGACGCGCAGCCUGUUUCUUAGCGCACACAUCCCCCUCUUCCUCUACCCCUUCCUGAACACGACCUCCAAGUCCCGCCCCUUCGAGUAUCUCCGCCUCACCUCCCUCGGCGUGAUCGGCGCGCUCGUCAAGAACGACUCCAGCGACGUGAUAAACUUCCUGCUCACGACCGAGAUCAUCCCGCUGUGUCUGCGCAUCAUGGAGACGGGGUCCGAGCUCAGCAAGACAGUCGCCAUCUUCAUCGUGCAGAAGAUCCUGCUCGACGACCUCGGGCUGGCGUACAUCUGCCAGACGUACGAGCGCUUCUACGCCGUCGGCACUGUGCUGAGCAAUAUGGUGAAUCAGCUGGUCGAGCAGCAGACGGUGCGGCUGUUGAAGCAUGUCGUGCGGCUCAGCGACAAUGCCCGCGCCCGCGAAGCCCUCCGCCAGUGCCUCCCCGAGCCCCUGCGCGACGCGACCUUCUCCUCAGUCCUCCGAGACGACGCGGCAACGAAGCGCUGUCUGGCGCAGCUCCUCAUCAACCUGUCCGACAACGUCGUGGACACCAACAGCCAAGCCAUGAUCCACCACGGGCCCUAA